AAGUAAAAUGAGAAGGAUGAGGAAGCUCUACUGUGAGCCUGAACCUGUGUUCCCUCUGCUUGUUGGGUGAGAGCCUGGGAGCAGCUGGGGCUCCUUGCAUUCACAGCCCCGAAACCCAAGUGGUAGCCCACGUGCAGGAUAGCAUUGCAGGACAGACUGCAAAGAGAGGAUUUCUUGGAAGAAGCAGUGUAUAUGGAAAGCAAAAUGAAAGCAGAGGAGAGAGAAAGUGAAUUGCUAUGCCAGGCACAGCAAGGCAUGACCGAGAGAUGGCAAUCCAGGCCAAAAGGAGUCUGUCCAAAACCACUGACCCUGUAGAAAGACUUCGACUGAAGUGCUUAGCAAGAGGGUCUGCAGGCAUCAAAGGACUUGGCAAAGUAUUUCAGAUUAUGGAUGAUGAUAACAGCAGGACCCUUGAUUUCAAAGAAUUUGUGAAAGGAUUAAAUGAUUAUGCUAUGAUGAUAGACAAGGAAGAAGCACAAGAGAUUUUCCAGAUAUUUGAUAAAGAUGGCAGUGGAACAAUUGAUUUUGAUGAAUUUCUUGUUACACUGAGACCUCCAAUGUCAAAUGCCAGAAAAGAGAUCAUCAUGCAGGCAUUUAGGAAGUUAGAUAAAACUGGAGAUGGUGUCAUCACAAUUGAAGACUUACGGGGGGUGUAUAAUGCAAAGCACCAUCCCAAAUACCAAAACGGAGACUGGACAGAAGAUCAAGUUUUUAGGGCCUUUUUGGAUAAUUUUGAUUCACCUUAUGACAAAGAUGGAAAGGUCACAACAGAAGAAUUCAUGAACUACUAUGCAGGAGUCAGCGCCUCAAUAGACACCGAUGUCUAUUUUAUCGUCAUGAUGAAGAAUGCUUGGAAACUCUGAUUGUAUGAUUAAAUGAAUGAGACUUUA